CGGUAAGGUAGGUAACAAGGAACAUGGCGCGCGUCCAGUGCCAAGCGUGCGAGAAGGUGUUAUCCCGCUCUAGUUGUACCAAGGAUGAUCGUCCUGGUAUUCCAUUGUGAGAGGCGGAAAAAUUACUUCCCAGAUGUGCCUGGUCGCAUUGCAUCGCAUCGGCCGGUUAAAGCACCGAAAUUCCUCAGUCGGGCGGGUGGUGUCCUAUUCCGAAACUCGGAAUCGGGAUGACCUCUUCUAGUAAAUAGAGGCGAUCAUCCGUCCAGUCUUGACCCUCAACGACCAUGACCAAAGACCUCAAAACAGCAGUAACCACAGCCCUCUGCCUAACAGCGGCUCUUCCCGCCUCCGGCGCAGUCACCUUCAGCCUCCCCAGCAAAGUCGGAACAGGAGGCUACGCCUACGCCCCUCUCGACCCCGCGCCCAUCGGGAUCUCCUUCGAAUUCUUCGCCUUCCCGUCUUACUUCAUCAACGUCACCGCCACCCAACAAUGCCUAGCAAACUGGAAGGCGCUGACGGGCGUCUGGCCGCCCAUCCGCAUCGGCGGAACGACGCAAGACCGAGCGCAAUAUGACGCCAAGACGUCAGCCUACGUCGUGUACUCGGUGGCAGACGCCAAGGACGCACCGUCCGUGUUGACGUUCGGGCCAAAGUUCAUGACGCUGGCAGGGAUGUACGGAGGGAGUGUGGUGGUUGGGCUGAAUAGGGGCAAGAAUAAUAUUGACAAUACGAUUGCCGCGGCCAAGGUUGCUGUUUCCGAGGUCAAGCAUCUGCUGGCGAUCGAACUUGGGAAUGAACCUGAAUACUGGGUCAAAGACGGACAACCGAUCACAUCCGGCGUCAACUGGACUCCGGCCACGGAUGCCGCAUCGCAGAAUAACUGGAACAUCCGAGUGGGUAGCGCGGUUGACAGAACCAACAUCAUUCAAGCUGGGAAUUGGAAUGACGCGCCGCCCAAAUGGGGAGCUGCGCAGCUGAUAGCGACGGAAAACGCAACGGUGAAGCCCCAUGUUCGUCAUUACGCCCACCACAACUACCCGGGCGGAAGCAUUCAGAGUCUCAUGACCCAUUCGACCAUUGCGAAAAACAUCCACACAUUCGACGCCGACAUAGCCGCAGCUCGCGGGGUCGGGAAGGAGUACGUCUUUGGCGAAACGAACUCGGUAUCCGGCGGCGGAGCAGCCAGAGUGUCUCCGACGUUUGGGGCAGGGCUGUGGACCAUGGACUACGCCCUCCGUGCCACUUAUAACAACAUGUCGAGGACGUACUUCCAUCACGGAACCGUCGGCAACUGCCAGUACUGCUUCUGGGGCCGAUACAGCAUGGGGGCCCCGUACUACGGGGCGUACGCAGCGGUAGCAUUGAUGGCCGGCGCGAGCCACCUGACGGCUUUGGAUAGCGGUUCAACAAACUACGCGGCCUAUGCCACGUUCGAUUCGAGGGGGCUUCCCCUACGAGUGCUCUUGUACAAUUCAGACUAUUUCGCCGGCAGCGGGACGAGGACUGCCCAGUCCUUUACCUUGACCGGCUUGACCUCGUCGAUGGUCAGAGCGAAAAGGCUGACGGCAGCAAGCGCGACGUCCCGAGUGGAUCAAGCAAGUCCUCCGUCGUUUGGAGGGCAACAGUUUGACAAUGGAUCUUGUGCCAUAAGCGGGACCGAGACGUUUGAGACUACGCCCGCUUCUGGUGGUCAGGCUACCUUUUCGGUCAAGGCAACCGAAGCACUUUUGGUGUAUUUGCAGUGAUGCGGAGUUAGGUCGAUAGCCGAACAAUUGGGGAUCAAAGGAUAACAGAUAUCGGGAUUGGAUAAGCAAAUGGAGAUGGGUGACAUCGGCGUUGUUUCAUGGUGUAGGCGAUGGGAGUGAUGGAUGAUGUUGCUUCUUCAGCCAUCGUGAGCGCGACAUGGGGAACUGUAAGAGAACGGUGAGAUACUUAUUUGGUGUUUAGUAUCCGGACUGAUAACACACUGAUGUUGAUAAGUUCAUCGGCAACUGGGAGGUCCCCUUGAAGAAAAGUAGGCAUCAUCCCAGUAUCUUCGCCGAUCAACUAGCGAUUCCCACGCUAUCGGGUCUCUUCCCGAAAAAUCUUUUCAUGGCUGGUCCGCAUGGCUAGUUGCCGCGUUUACUCCGUGUCGUCCUCACCGCUUGGUCGUAGCUGGGUUGAGCUGAGUCAGU